AUGCGGUGUUGGAGAUUAUCGUGCUGCCCGCUUAGCCCAUCUCUUUUCCAAGGACUCACAACAUCCAUCCAUCCACCCACCACUUUUCUCUCCAAGAGAGAUUCAUCACGACCGUCUUAAGUACAGUCCUUGAUGUCCGCGCCCGGAUGGUUUGGUGUAACUGCUGUCGUCUUGUGUGCCGCAUUUUCCCGUGGGAGAGUGUGUGAUGCCUGCCUACCUACCUGCCUGCCUGGAUGGAUGGAUGGAUGGAUGGAUGGAUGUUGGACGACAAGGCGGCCUGUCGAGAUCCGUUGACGACAGAAGGAGGUAAGGCACGGGUGGAUGGAAGGAAACGAUGGUUCCAUCCAUCGCUUCUUUCUUUCUGUGUGCAUUCAAGGUGCGACCUUCUUCUCUGGCCUGUUAGCAACGAUGGCCGCCGCGAGCAGCAGCCGCACAAAUGAUGAAAUAGAACACAAGAUGAGGGCCAUGGCUGGCUUCGCUGCCCUGCGACGCCGACAGGCUCAGAGCCCUCAAGGCGAGGGCCGGGCAGAAGGACUGGCGGAAGCAGCUGAAGCAAAUCAAGACCAGUCUGAACAACAACGUGGAGGCGUCAGUCCGCGGCUCCAUCAACCUGGACAAGAAGGACACGAAAACAGCCGACGUCGCAUACGUGCGACAGGUCAGUCGGGCGCUGGAUCGAUUCACCUCACCCACACCACCACUGCGUGUGCAUCUCCCUGUCAUGGUUCAGUACACCUGCAGAGACAACCAUGGCGAGCCCUCCCUUUUGGCGUGCGCUGGCACCACUCAUGAUAUCUAUGGAAGGUAUCGCAGAUGCACACCCGAUACUCUGUCUAUUAGACUGUCCAUAUCAUACCUCAGAUGUCAGGAAUAUGACUCAGACGAGAUUCGGGCGGCUAAGCAUGCGGUGGACGGCGAGGGCGAGGGGCCCCGUCCAGACCCGGCCACUGCGGUGCGUGCCAUGGCCAGGGCACAGAUCGACCACGAGGACCACAUGCAGAUGGGCAUCGUCCACGCGGUCACCAUCCCACCACACGACCGCCCGUCUCAGGUCGCCGAAGGACUGCAACAACAUGACAGAGCUGUGCAUCAAUCGAGCCCUGGAGCGCAACGACGCCCACACUGACACAGCACGGCAUGGAUCGCAAGGAUCACACGGUACACACUGACACAGCUCGACCACCGGCACAAAAUGCCCAUGUGUUGGUCUCAUGUCUGCCUGGGUGGGUGGUGGUGUUUGAUCAGACGAUGGGGUGCCUCAUGAUGGCAGAGCUCAACGGGUCGCUGAAGAAGCGCGACGAGAACGCCAUGCGCAUGGUCUACAACGUCGGUCGCUCCGUCGUCAAAGCAGCACCUACACACCAUCACUCUGUCUAUGCAUGUCGUUUCUGUCAGCUUGGAGCCGUGCUAGACAGGGCACGCGCUUGCAUCCACCCCGUCACCGGUGUCCUGCCGCCACAGAUUGCCGAGCUCACCAUCGCACAGUUCAUGGGCGAGGCCGAUAAGGUACACACACAGAGAGAGAGAGAGAGUGAGAGGGCGGAGGUGCGAAGCCGUGCUGUUGUGUGUGUGUGCCGUCAGGUGAGGUCAAGGGUCCUCACGAUCAUGCGUAAGGUGGCGGCGCGGAUGCGCACAGACCGCAUCAUUUCGCUGACGGACGUCGACCCAGUAAAGGGCACUGACAAGGUGCGCAGUCGAUACAUUAUACCUUUCCAUCUCUCUCUCUCUCUCUGUGUGCGUCCGCGUGUGUGUGUGUGUGUGUGUUCAGGCGCCUUUGUCACGUCCAGCGAGACGACCAUCCCCGUGUGGCGGGCGGCACCUUCGUGCGUGCUCUUCGCGACGCCCAGCAGCAGGCGCCACCCCCCCGACACACCACCAGCAGCAGCAGGGUGGUGCGGCUCCCUCCACGGCGAGCCCACACGCACAGGACUGCCGGUCAUCCUGUCCCGUCCCCCAGCCCUACACAGCAGGAUGGCCACAAACCAGCAGGCAGCCCCCCCUCCCCCCCCCAACACACACACACAGAGACACACACGCCUCACACGCCUCACACGUAUGCUUUGGAUGGAUGUGUGUGUGCAGGGCGGGGGCGUCUCGUCCCUGACCCACGGCUAUGAAGGCCAUGAUGGUCAGCCGGCAAGACAGAAAGAGAGACGAGUCCAUCAAUGAAUCCUCUUUGUCUAUACGCCACUGUAUGUACUUACUGCAGAUGACGCCCACCAGUCGCCGUCGCAUGCUGCCGGUGCUGCUGCCCCUGCUGCUGCCGCUGCGCCCUUCAUUCCCUCUGCCAAUUUGGCGCCCGGCCCGGCCCCGAGCGUGGCGCCCAGAAGGAAAAGGAACAAGAGGAACCGGGCCAAGAGGGGCGGCGGGGCACAGGCCCAGACCGACGCCCCCUAGGCUAAGGGGAGGUAGGAGGGUGGAGGGAGGGUAGGGAGAGAGGGUAGAGGUGGAGGGGAGGGAGAGAGGGGAGGGAGAGAGGGGAGGGAGAGAGGGGAGGGAGAGAGGGGAGACUCACACACGCAGAGAGAGUUGAUACACAGACAGAAGCCUGCACACGCUUGUGCGCGUCGAUGUGUGUGUGUGUGUGUGUCUGUGUGUGUGUGUGUGCAGCCUUCCCGGGUGACGUCAAGGCGCUCUACCGCCGCGCAAAGGCCCACAUGUUCGAGUCCGACCUCAAGGCCGCCGCCGCCGACAUCCAGGCCGCACUCGCCAUCGAGCCGGCCAACACCGACAUACGUGGCCUCUACAACAAAAUCCGCGACAAAAUACAGUGAGUGCAGUGCUGAGCACACCACCGACAGAGACAGGGACAUGGGUGUGGUGGCUCAUGGCAUGUGUGUGUGUGUGUGUGUGGUGCAGGGGGUCCCGAUCUCUGCCCGACAAAGCUGGCGAGCUCGCCCAACAGACCGCCGCCGCCACCACGACAAAGAAGGCACGGAACAGACGAACCACAUCACACACGUUGAUAGACAGGGAGAGAUGUAGGCCAUGGGUGUGUUGUGUCGUGACAUGUGUUGUGUGUGUGUCAGAAACUGAUGAAGGACCUCUAUCAAUGCCAGCAGGACUUCCUGGCGGUGAUACGGAGGGAGGAGGACAGGUGGACAAAAGAGGUGCAGAAGGCAUGCCUCAACCAGCUGGGGAAGGCAUCCCUCGACCGGACCCCGCACCCGCCACUCACCGCGUUGGCCGAGUGCAUCCAGGAGCAGAAGAAGGUGCUCGAAGAGGUGAACGAGAUCUGUCGCCGCUCUUCUUCCAGUGACCUGACGUCGGCAGCGGCCACACGCGAGGUCAGGGGGAGAAAGGGUAAAUAUGUCACCGACAGGAUGGCUCACACUCUUGUGAUGAUGCAGUCCGGGCACUUCCGCUUCUGGCUCGAAGGAUACUUCCUCGAGGAGAGGCCGAUGCACCGCUAUGUCACCAAAGAGGUCAGAUCACCCAUGCACACAGAUACAGACAGAACGAGCAGGCCUUGUGUUGUUCGAUGCGAUGCACGCCUCAGGUGGUGGCUCUGGCCAGCCCGAUUGGCCGGAUGUUGGCGGCGGGCGUGCUGCCGGGGUGCGACGGGCUGACGAACAAGGCCAAGGAGGUGUUAGCGGUGGUGGAGGAAGAGGACGAGUUGGCGGAACAGAAGGCCAAAGAAGACAACGUACACCGGUAUGUAUGAAUGGAUCACACAUAUCAUAGACACACAUGACGGACGCAUGUAUGAUGGAUGCGAUGCCCCUACCUGUGUGUGUGUGUGUCUGCCUAUCUAUCUAUCAGAACGGUGUGUUCUCCCAUUGUCGGAGGGAAGCUGUACGUGGCGGGCUACCGCGUCGCAAGCAGCAAGGCGGUCAGCGAGUGCGAAAGAAGCAGCAACACUUGUGUGUCUUUCCUGCCUCUCAUUCCUGUGUAUGUGGCUGGGCUGAUGCAUGCACGCCGCGCACGUGUGAAUGAAUGGAUCAAUACAACAGUCCUUGGAUGCUGCUGGGAUCACGCACAUCAUAAACGCCGCUGCUGACGUGUGUGGCAGCCCCUUCCCCGACAAAUACCACUACCUCAACUACUUCCUGAAGGCAAGCCAAACCAAACGCUCCCUACACACACGACAGGCACAGAGAGAUAGAUGAGGCACGCCAGGCCACGCACAUGUGUUCCUAUGGCAAUCAAUCAUCAGGACACCAAGACCGAGGAGAUCAGCGUCUUCUUUUACAAGACCAUGGAGUGGAUACAGAACGCCAUUGUCCAUGGGGGUCGCGUCCUCGUACACUGCAGAGAGGGUGAGUAAGUACACCAAGGAAGGAACAAGGAAGGAACAAGGAAGGAAACAAACGAACGAAUAUGGAUGGGAUGGCAUUCCUUCGUCUCACACAGGUGUGUCGCGGUCCGCCACCCUUGCCACGGCCUAUCUGAUGUGGAGCCGAAAGUUGUCCUUCCAGGCGGCAUACGAGGCUGUGAGCAGCACAUGACAUUACACAACACGACACAACUCGCACCAUAGCAAGGCAGACAGGAACUGAUGAAUGAAUAGAUGGAUGGAUGGAUGCUUUGAUGCUUGCUUGCAAACCAGAUUCGGGCGUGCAGCUCAUCCCCAUGAACGCGGCAGGCGGUGCCAGGUACUGCAAUAUCAGCCUGGCCUUCUACAAUCCUCUUGUGGAGGAGCUGCAGGUGUAGUAUGCACACACACAAUACACCCGCUCUGGUCAAAUGUACGCGUGUGUGUUUGUGUGUAUGUAUGGGUGUCUUGGUCAUGGUCGGUCGGACAGCAGGGCAGCAGAGACGGCAGAGCAAUGCGGCAAGAAAGGGCAGCAAUCGCUGCUUACAUUUUAUAUUGGUUAUCUUGGACGCACUACAUCACACCAACACGUGCAGAGACACUGCGUGCUCACUGCACUGCAGACACACAUACAUGGUUGGGGAUCUGCUG